AUGGAUCCCGUUUUUGCCGUCAGCCGUGAAGAGUUACACGAUGUUCAAAUGGAGUUGAAGCGCAUCAAUCAUGUGCAGCAGAUGCAUACAGAGCGGCUACGGUCGCUCGAGAAACGACAGGCCGAUGACGCAGCGCUCAAAUCCGUCUGGAACUCCCCAUUUCCGAGUGUGCUUGGGGGCACGCCGCAGCACGGUCCUGUCCACAUGCCCGCUACUGAACUGAUAGACGACCUGGAUGACGAAGACACGAAUCUCUUGGGUAGCUUACAGAACCUGGACGCUGAGGAUGAACCGAUUCGAAGAGGGGUGGCUUCGCGAGCCAACAGUGUCCGGUUUGAUGUGAGCACCUUGCCAAGCACGAACAACAUCAGCGGCCACGGCACCCGACAUUCGGGGGAUUUCAGCCGUCCCGGAAGUGGGUUUGGAGGGCACCAGAUGGAACGGCAGUAUUCACACAAGUCAGAUGGAAGACACAGCUCGGCCGGGCACUCGGUGCAUUCGAUGCAUUCUGGUGUAUCGGGGCGUAUUAGUAGUCUUGGGCUGGACAAUGCGUCGAUGAUGGGUGACCACGACGGUGACUCACCACUAGAGAUGCCGGAACCACCACCUGGCGUGCACAUCCUCGGGGCUCCACCAUCAAUCAUCCGUUGUCUACUAACCACCAACUGGACGUCCGAUCUGGUGCUGUACGCCGUGGUGUGCACCGGGUCCCAGAAGUCGACGAUCGAGUACUCGUUGCUCAGAGAGCUCGACUUAACUAACAACAUCCAUCGGGAACUGGAUGGCACCCACAGCAUCUCACUCCCCGUAUUCUUGGUCGAGGCUCGUGUCACGCAGUCCAACUCGCGGUCCGCGAGCCCGGCACCGCGGCUUCCGAGCAUCACAGCAACGUUCGAGGUGACGGGCAUGGAUCAGCAAGAAUCCCCCGAGUCACGAGAGGCGGCUCGCGUCUUCAUUGGCAGCCACACGCUACGCUUGUACGGCGCCGAUAUUCUGCUCUCCCGCAAUCUCAUGACUCUCUAUGGCAGUGACCGCGACAAGCUUUCCGUCCCGUUUGUGCGGCCUGAGCGUGACGCCGUGUUCCGAAACAUCACCACUGCCAACAUCGUGCCCAACAAGCCGAAGCUGAACGCCUCUGCGCCCGAGUUUGUGACAGCCGAGAAAUCGGUCAAUGGUUCUGUCCACGAUUCCAAGGAAGGCGGGAUCUCGGUCCCCAAGUCUCUCUCGAGCGGGUCUGACGGGAUGUUCUCGCCCACGGCGGCCUCAAGUCAGCCAGCCAAGACAACAGCAACCACCAGCGCGGCAUCGGAAAGCGGGGGCGAGUUCGACAAGCACCUCCCCGAGCCCGCCUUACCACCACCACCACCCCCCGCCCCGGCAGAAAAACCCUUUGGAUCCAGCGAACCUCCUAAGCGUCGGGAUUCUAGCUCUGCUAUCCGCACGCCCUGGCGCCAGACCGCGGCGGCCCUUGGCGGUGACGCUAAUACACCGCUGAGCGGGUAUCAGCCAGCUGCGCGGCCCCGCAACAUGAAGGUUCUCAAAGCAUCCAAAUCCAGUGGCGGUAGCUCGACGGCGACGACCAAGACGGGCGCUGCGUACGAGCCCGCACCAGGGGCGCCCCGCAGCAGUGGAUCUACAAAUACCGAGCAGACGAAGCGCAAGCCACACUUGGCUGCCGAGGGUGGCCCGGCGGCUAUCAGCUGGGGCGGCAGCAACAGCGGUAGUAGCAAUACCAGCGGUAGUAUUGCGAAGCGAAGCGUGAGUGUCUCGGCUGCGGGCUUGGCCAGUCUUGGAGAGGGCAGACAGACGUCGUCGGCAAUAGGAGGACAUGGCCACCAAGACACGGCUGCGGUAGGAGUCGGCGGGAAGCCGCCGUUGGGCAGUACUACUACUCGACCGGGGAAUAAUCCGCUGGGAAGCGCGUCGGCGUUUUCGUGGAUAGCGCCGACGAAGCCGAAGCCGGGUGGUACGUCUGAGUGA